UUAAACCUUCUGUACAUUCGAUGAGAAUUAAAAUACAGUAUUUCCUUCGAACGAUUGUGUUUUAGAUAUUUAAAUGAUCAUAUUGAAGUUUUGAAGGAUAUGUUUACUUUUUCAAGGACUUGAGUAUUAAAUGUCUAUUUUUCAUUUAGCCACAAUCUAAUUUACAAAUUGCCAAAUUGUAUCAAUGCCGCAUGCUUUAAUAUUUCAUAAUUAUUUAUGUAGAAAAAUGUUAACUUAACAUAACUACCGUACCUGCCAUUUUGAAUAAGAUUGUUACGGAUUGUUUACAUGAUGCCGGGAGAAUCUCCCAAAGUGGGGGGAUCCCCUCUCCCGACGGUCACCCCGCCUCGAUUGCAAUCUCCAUCGAAAGCGAAGCUGCAGUCACGCGCGGAUUCCCGGAAGGAGGAUGGUCUUCAGUCACCUCUUGUCCAAACGCCGGAUGCCCCCCGAGAACUGAAUGAUAAAGAACCGAUAUUUCUGACGGACAUCUCUAUGCGGGAGAUGAGCACAAUCAACGAGGAUUUCGAGGGAGUCGACUGUCCAGAUACCAGGGUGGCUUCUGGGAUGGGUGGCCAGGGUGACGGGGAGGGUUCAGGGGGAUCGGGUGUGUCUUCCAUGUCUGAGGAGGAGGAGGAAGAGGAGGAGCUGGAGGAAGAAUAUGAUACGGACCUUGAGCUUGAACCCGACAAGUGGCUAAACCCUGAGUUGUACGACCAUGACACAACCGGUGUCAACCGUUAUCUGCGCAUGUGUACGAAGCUCGAAAUUCAGCCAAUCACCUACUUCCUUAAGCACAUGCAGGACCGGGAACUCAUCAUGAAGUACCACGGACUGGGGCCGCUAGGGGUCAAGGCCAUGUCGGACCCGUUGGAGACAAAUACGACCAUCGAGCGGAUGGAUCUGGAGGGGAACUAUAUGCUGGGAGUGGGCGCCACCUAUCUCGCGAAUGUGCUCAAAGACAACGUCUACGUCACCCAGCUCAUAUUAUCAGAGAACAAAAUGGGCAAUAUUGGGGCAAAGGCAAUAUGCGAGUUACUCGUAGAAAAUAAGACAAUCACCUAUUUAGACUUAAAAGGCAAUUACAUCGAAGACGGUGUAGCAGAAAACUUCUAUGACAUGUUGUCGAAAAACACGGACCUGAAGACACUUAUCUUGCGACACAAUAAUUUCGAGGACGAGGGUGCACGAUGGCUGCGGGAUUCUCUCAUGGAGAACGAUACUCUUGUUACGCUUGAUCUGAGCUGGAACCAUUUCCAAUGGCGGGGCUGCUGCGCAAUCGCGGAGGGCAUGGUGGAAAACACUGGUAUCAAGUCCCUGAACUUGUGUAUGAACGGGUUCGGACUGGAAGGUUCUGUGUCGCUGGAGGAAAUGUUGAAGUCCAACCGCACACUGCUGGAUCUCGACAUCAGUUUCUGCAGGAUACCCCUGAAGGGUGCUCCCCACAUUGCGUCCGGCAUACAGAACAACGAAGCGCUGGAGAGACUCGAUAUUGGUUACAAUCAGCUCCAAAACGAAGGCGGAUACGUGAUUUUGGUUGGGGAGGAGCGCAAUGAAACGGCCCCGCUGAAACACAUCGACUUCGGGAACUUGACGGUGAAGCCAACUUUCAAGAAGCUUGCCGACCGCCUAGAGGAGGAACGCGGCAUUGAGAUCCUGUACGGAGGCGUCAUGCUUGAUGUCACCUCCUUCCGAUGCGCCAAGUACGACCCUUGGGCCGCCCACGCCAACGACCCCAUGACCAAGCUGAAGCAGUGGCUGGACAAGACCAAUUUUCGCCUGGUUGACCUCCUGUUAACGUUUGACCGGACCGGAGGCCUUAGUAUUGAUCUCGAGGAACUGAAAAAUGGAAUCCAUAAUGCGGGUAUCGACAUGACGGACAUUGAGAUUGACCUGCUCAUGAAGAAACUGGACGAUGACAACAGCGGUACCAUCGAUAUGAAGGAGCUGAUGCAGGGUGAUGAGCUGAACACUCUGGCCCAGCGGGAAGCCAUCCGCUACAAAGAGGAACAAGACCGCCAAGACACGGACAGACGACGCCAAGCCAAGAAGGGUGACCCCAAAGACUUCCAGAAGAUCAUACAGGAAUCUGACGUCAUCAAGCCUGUGUCAAUUGUCUGAUGUCAUCAUUCUUGCCAAUUAUAUCAAUUCUUUUGUUAUUUGGAAUGUUUUGUUUUUCGUUAGUGAACAUUCAAAUAUGCAGUGUUGUAGUGUUUAAUUAAUUUUAAGAAACCGUUGAAAUUGUUUAUACAUUUUCGUUAUUUAUUUUAUGUAUUGGCAUCUAAGUUGACAAUUGACAGUACAACUCAUUCUCAUGCCUGUUAUGUAUCAAAAAUAGCACAACUCUUUUGUUAGUUGUUUAUCAUUUAGUCCUAUUGUUUAAAUGUUUCAAGAACGUGAUUUUUCCAUAUAGAAUGACAGUUAUUAGGUAAUUUAAUUGUAUAUACAAGUACGUUUUCUGAGACGGCGUAUAAUAUUGUGCCGACAUUGUCCUGAUAUAUACUCCUAUUCAUGCGUAUGAAGCUGUGACCUGAAGUAUUCCCUAGCAUUUUCAAAGUGUUUAUAUUUUUAUUAAACGUUAUAUGUAGUUUUUGUUACUAGCUAAAAUUUGUAUUGCUGUUAGUUUUUGUUUUGUGUGAAAUAUUUAAAAUUUCAAUUGUUGAAACUAGUGAGUGCGCAUGAAUGAGACCAAAAUGUUGUUA